GUGAGGUGCACGAGAAGUGCAAAGAUCUGGCUUAUAAACAGACAUGUUCAGAUACACUCAACGUGCAUGAUGUGGUGCCUUUCCGUGUGGAGACUCCGAUGUCGUGCUGUGGCCGGUGCAAUGUGCUGAUGAAGGCAGGGUAUAAUGGUUACCAGUGCAGUGUAUGUGGCAUUGUAUGCCACAUAUCGUGCUCCAAGUCAUUGCCCGAGGUGUGUUCAGUUCGAUAUCCUCAAGGUCCAAAAGGGCCGCAGCGCAAAGAGAUGUCAUACCUAGACUUCAUGACCGACCCGAAACCUGCACAACCCAACAUUGGAUCUGGCGUGGAUGCUUCAGAGCUACCGGAAGAACCAAUUGAUAAUCCCUUAGUGCCUGUAGCGGGUGGCAAAACUCCGGAUUUUACUUUUUAUAAUUCUCAGGAAGUUUUGGUUCCGUUGCCCGAGAAAACACAAACCGUCACGCCUCGGGGGCUACCGCCCAAAUCCUCUCGACCUCACGGCGCAGUAGCCUAUAACCAAUCCGAUAUGGACAGUGAGUCGAUCCUAAACGAGAACGAUCAAGAAUCUAUUAUCAGCGGCCUUAAUGACCUUGGGGGUGAAAGAGACUCGUUCAUCAGUCACGGUGACUUCACACGUAGCCCAACGUCGACUACGCAUAUUGAGGACGCUGAUGGAGAUGCCGUUAUGAGGAGAAGUACCAGUCAGACUUUUGAAGCCCCACCAAUAGCUAGGCCGCCGAAACGGCGAAACAUCGCGAAGGUCAAAAAGGUUAUUGUGAAACGCUUGUCGCCCAGCACACCACCUUCCUCUCCGCACGAUGCACCGCCUUUAAGAAAUAUACAAAUCAAGGAAUCCCCACUGAAAACACUUGACACAAAGGAGGAGGGGGAGGACACUUCGCCUCCACCCCCGCCUAGGAAACCGAGGAGAUCCCCACUGAAAGCACUUGACACAAAGGUGCAGGAGGAGAACACUUCACCGCCACCCCCGCCCAGGAAACCGAGGAGAACGGUGGCGGACCCAAAUGUUGCUUCGCUCGAGAACGGGUUUGAACAUAUGGAAAUAGCCGAAGUGUACACGACGAAGAGUACUCGGCAUUCUAAUUAUAGUAGUCUAGAGAGCUCACGGACACCGUCUCCGGCGAGUGCGAGAUAUAGUUGGGACACGAACCUAUCACCAAUUGUAUUGGAUAACGGUUCGGGCCGAGUCAAGGCGGGCUUCGCUGAUGAAGAGCUUCCGUCGUGUAUAUUUCCGGCAGUGGUUGGUCGAAUCAAGCAUCGGCGGCACUUACAGUCAGAUUUGAUUGCAAAUACGAAGGAUGUGUAUGUUGGAAACCACGCCCAGGCGAAGCGUGGUAUAUUAUCGCUGAGUUAUCCUAUAGAACACGGGGUCAUAACGAGUUGGGAGGAUAUCGAGCUCAUCUGGGAGGCCACCUUCAACGAUGAGCUUCGUGUAGACCCUUCAGAACGCCCAGUGCUAUUGACAGAAGCCCCAUAUAAUCCAGUAGCCAAUAAGCACACCAUGGCCCAAAUAAUGUUCGAAACCUUCCAGGUCCCGGCCACCUUUAUCGCGAUUCAGGCCGUCCUUUCAAUGUAUUCCACCGGUAAACUAACCGGAAUAGUUUUAGAUUCCGGCGACGGGGUGACCCACGCCUGUCCAAUGUAUAAGGGGUAUUUACUACCGCAUAGUGUGCUGAGAAUGAAUCUUGCCGGGCGCGACUUAACAGAGUACAUGAUGGAUCUUCUGACGGAGAGGGGGUAUUUCUUCACCACAACGGCGGAGAGGGAAAUUGUCCGCGAUAUCAAGGAGAAAUGCUGUUACGUGGCGUAUAACUUCGAUGACGAGUUGGUCGCGGAUAAAGAAAGCGGAAGUGUGGAAGAAUACACACUGCCUGAUGGACAGGUCAUCGGGAUUGGCUCAGAAUGUUUCCGUUGCCCUGAAGCGUUAUUCCAGCCUUCCUUACUAGGUUUAGAAAUGCAGGGCAUGCACGGAUUAGUCAACAGUUCUAUUUUCAGAUCGGACGUGAGCAUUCGAGCAGAACUAUUCGGCAACAUAGUUUUGUCCGGGGGCACAACUACGAUUCUGGGAUUGGCGGACAGGCUGCACAUGGAAGUCAGUGCGCUUGCCCCAAAUAGAGGUAUGGUGAGUGUGGGAACUCCGCCCAACCAAGAAUUUAGUGUUUGGCAAGGCGGUGCUGCCCUUGCAUCCUUAUCAAGCUUCACUGAACAGUGGAUCACCCGUGAAGAAUACGACGAAUACGGAGACACGAUAGUGGACAUUAAAUCGUCUCUGAUGCGGUGAGGCACAGCCAGAGCUGUUUGAGACGAGGAUAGAGUUAGUAAAUGCAAGAUCGACAGCAAUUAUAAAGGUUGAUCAUUCAACAACAAC